AUGACAAAAACUUCAUCAUCAAUAUCAAUAUCACUAUCAAGAUCAAUAUCAUUAUCAUUAUCAUUUAUUAAACAUUUAAUACAACUGAUAUUUAAAGGAAUAUGGUAUUCACGAAAUCAUUUAAUUUAUAGUUAUAUUCUUAUACCAAUUGGUAUUAUUAUUAUUAUGAUUAUUUUAUAUGGAUUUAAUAUUUUAUUAAAAGAUAUUUUUAAAAUUAAAUUUCCUUGUUCAGUUUUAGGAAUGUUAAUUAAUCUUAUUUUUUUAUGUUUAUUAAGUUUUUUAACCAAUUUAAAAAAUGAUGAUAAUGAUAAUAAUGAUAAUGGUGAUACAAAUUUAAAUUUAAAUUUAUUUAUUAAACGAAUAAGAAUAGGAUCAAAUUGGUUAUUAACAAAUUAUUUAAGAUUAAUUAAACCAUCAAUGAAUUUUACUUUGAAAUGGAUUAAUAUAUUUUUCAUUCCUUCAUUUGUUAUAUUACCAUUAUCUGAUCCAAUUACAUUUAUUGAAUGUUUAAAAAUUGCUGGAGUAUUUAUAAUUGGAUUAAUAUUAUUAAUUUUAAUUGAUGUUAAUUUGAUAAAAAUAUUAAAAUUGAUUCUUAAAAAAUUUGGUCAAAUGGAAGAUAAAUUACAUUCUGAUAAAGAAGAAGAAGAAAAAGAAGAAGAAGAAGAAAUUGAAAUGCAAGAUAUGUUGUUGACCAAUUCUAAUUCCAAUUCUAAAUCUAAAUCUAAUUCUAAAUCUAAAUCUAAUGGUGUUACUAGUAUGAGAGAUGAUAUUACAACUAUAGAUCUUGAUAGUUUACGUCCAAUCAAAAGUAAAGAAGUUAUACCUUCUCUUUCACAACCUCAUCCAGUGAAUGAAAAUCCAUUUGAAGAUACUUUUGAUUUAAUUGAACCAGAACCUAUUUAUCAUAAACCAUAUCAUGUUGAUAUGUUCCCUAGAACUUCUCCUCCUCCUCCUCCACCCCCACCUGUUCCUCCUCAAGGCACAUCUACCACCACACCAGUAAAGGAAUUGUUUGAACAACAAGUAACGAAAGACGUGGAAGUGGAAGUGGAAGCGAAAGAAGAAGAAGAAGAAGAUUCUCAACUUGAAUUUUCACAAAUUACAAUUUUUAUUAUCAAUUAUAUUGAUUGGAUAUUAUAUUCAUUAUUAUUUAUUAUAUCUUUACCAUUUUAUUAUAUAUCAUCUAUUCAUAUAUAUUUACCAUAUCAUUUAAGUAUCACAAUUAUUUCUUAUUAUAUUGCAUUAUUAAUCCCACAAAAAUACCCCAUCACAAAGAAAUUUGCUCAUCCAAUAAUUGUUUCCACAGGAUUGAUUUUAUUUAUUUGUUUUAUUGGUUCUUUAAUAUAUCAUCAUCAUAAUUAUGGUCAUAAUUUACCAAAAGGAUUUUUAGAUGAUUUAAGAUUUUAUAAAACUGGUAAAAAUUAUUUAAAUUUAUUUAAUGGAAUCACAUUAAAUAAUAAUUCUAAAUCUUCUUCUUCAUCAUCAUCAAUAAACCCCAGUAAUAAUAAUAAUCCAACAUCAACUCCACAAUGGCCUGGAUGUGGUGAUUUUUUAUCAUCAUUAAUGGAUGUAUCAAUUGUAGCAUUAUCAUUACCAAUGUUUACUCAUAGGAAAGAUUUUAUUAAAAAUGUAUCGAUUUUAAUGCCAACUAUAUUUAUUAGUAUUAUCAUGACAUUUUUCAUUUAUCCAAUAAUUUGUCAUAUUAUAGGAAUUCAAUCAGAAAGAUCAAUUGGAUUUAUUGGAAGAUCAGUGACUUUAGCAUUAGGAACACCUUUAAUUUCAUCUUUAGGUGGUUCAAUAUCUUUAAUGGCUGUUUGUACAAUUUUAUCAGGAAUUUUAGGAGUUUUAAUUAAUGAACCAUUAUUUAAAUUAUUAAAAGUUGAUAAACAAGAUUAUGUGACUAGAGGAAUAACUUUAGGAAUUAAUUGUGGAGCUAUUGCUACUGCUCAUUUAUUAAAUGUUGAUCCUAGAGCUGCUUCAAUGUCUAGUUUAAGUUUUUCAGUGUUUGGUACUAUAAUGGUUAUAAUGGCAAGUAUUGGUGCCAUUAGAGAAUUAAUAAGAUCUUGGGUAGGAUUAUAA